UUUAUUAAGGAUCAGUGGCUCUUGAGUAGGCUAACUACUCGAAAAGAACCAAAGGAAUAUAACAUUUAAUCAAUGGAAGAGGAAAACCAAAAACCACAUCGAUCGGUUUCACGUAAAGGCCGGAGUCAUGGAGCGGAUGAAGAAGCAGCGCCAGGAAACAAAUGCUCCGGGGAAAGGCGCCCGUCGUCGUGGGCUGCGGCGGUGAUAGCAGACUGUGUGGCGCUUUGCUGUUGUCCCUGCGCCGUCGUGAACCUCCUCACACUUGCUUUCGUCAAGGUUCCGUGGAUGAUUGGCCGGAAAUGUAUAGGCAGGAGAAAGAAAAGGAAGAAAAAGAUGGAGCGUGAGGAUCGUUUUCAUCACAACCAGAGGUCGGAACCGGUGAAAGGCGUGAGUAGUGGAUGUUGCGGAGGAUAUGGAGAGUUGGAUGACCACCGGUUUGUGGUGGAGAGAGAUGGAAGUCUAACGAAGGAGGAGGAGGAGGAGAAAACAGCGUCGUUGGGAGAGGAUGAGGCGAGGAUCAGUGCUAGAGCUGAAGCUGAGAGAGUUUGGUUGGAAUUGUAUCAGAUUGGACAUCUUGGUUUCGGUAGAGUCUCUUUCACUGGUAUUCAUCAGUAAUUUUUUUUUAGAAAAAAAAAUCUUUAUUAACUUCCAAAAGAGUAGUGAGUACUUAUGUCUUGUGAAAUUCUUUAGUGUAGCAAAUAAAUAAAUAAAACUCCAAGA